AUGUCAUCCCUCUCCACCUCCGACUCAAUCAUCUCAGCUUUCGAUGCUCUGCUACCUCCGCACUACACCCAUGUAUCAACAAGCGCCAGCGAGGACACCCUUCCUGGAGAAGUCGUACCGCUGGCCGAAAACGAGCGGCCGUCGCUACUGCUGGACGCACUCGGCAACGAAUCGCUCAUAUUCGAGGACGAGGAGCGCGAGUUCCUCGAAAGUCCCAUCGUCUCGACCUUCCCGACCUCCAUCGCUUCUUCACUCCCCGACGAUCACGGGUUCGCCUACCAAUGCCCGAGCGACGCAUCUUUUUGCUCCAUCGACGAAGACCCCUCCGCGUUCCUCGCCGCACCGCCCCCACCGCACCCGCACGAAGUCGACUUCACGCCCGACGCGCGCGGCGUCAUCGUGCGCGGCCAUGCGCUCUUUCUCGACUUCCCGGGCGUUAUGUUGCAUGCUCCGAAGGAAGGGGACGUGGACCAGCCCAUACGGCCGUUCGUGGACGAGGACAACUGUUUCAUACGCGAGUUGCCGGAUCCGGAGUUGUUGGCGCCGCCUGCUACGACGUUCAGCGGGGAGGUGCUGGGUGGGGACGAUUACAUCGUGGUACCAGAGGGGUACACCAUUGGUCCUGGAGACGAGGGAACGGGUGCGCUUGUGGAACGCGGUAUCUCGGACGAGGGAGCGGCCGGAUCCGAGGCGCGGAACCAGGAUGCGCGGGAACCGUGUCCGCCCUCGAGGUCGAUCUCCGACAAGGAGAACACCUGCGCAGCCUCACAAAGCUCACUGCGCGUUCUAUACGACCCAGAGCCUGGCCUGAGCGAGACGCUGUCCACGCUCAUCAGAUCAACAAGCGCCUCGUCCGAAUGGUCACUCAUUGCAGGGCAAAAUGCGCAGGACACCUAUCCUUCUCCUGCACCCGAGCCCCAGGGCAUCGUCCUCGUCCCCUCCAAAACCAUCCACGCACAAAGCACAUGCUCACUGUCCGCUUCCGAUAGCGCAGACACCGACAUCGGCUGGACAGGCCACGUCCCCUCCCUCAUCCUCCACAUCGCCUCCGACCGCGAAGAUCGGGACGCGCAGGGAUAUCAUUGCUUGCCCCCUAUCACCUCAUACGACUACGAGCUCCUCUACGCGCCCCCUCUAUCCAACAACGGGCGCAUGGAAGACGUGUGGGAGGCAUACCAUUAUCCAUUCCAAGCCUUGAUGCAAGAGGCGGAGCGGCAGCGUCAGGAAAACGAGUCGAUGUGUGUCCAGGACAUGUGGCACGAGAUCACGGAGACGGUUGCGAAGGCUUGGAGGGCGGGCGGGAUGGGCGCGUUUGAGCCUGUUACUGUGAUUGAUGCGGGUGAGGAGGAGACGUGGAAGGUUGGGAGGCGGAGGGAGUCCAGUGGGAAGGAGGUUGCUGUAUGGCAGGAGAAGGGUCUGACGAGCUGGUUCGCGCGGAAGUUCGAGACGGGCAAGCGCCGGUUGAAGAGUUUCUGA